GGGAGUCAGCUCGUUGCACUUAUUUCCACCCCAACCUCCCAGUCAAUUCGGACCUGUCACCCCCUCACCCUCCUCCUCCCUCGGAGCCUUUAGUCGUGGCUAUUCCAAAGCCUUUUAGGAACGCAGGAUCUUUUCGGUCCUCUGGACACUCUGCAAACUGGAGCUGGAAAUGUCUGCAACACUUUUAUCCGCCUUCUACGACAUCGACUUGUUCUGUAAGAACGAGAAAGUCCUGAACAAUCUGAAUCUGAGCAGCAUGCUGGACAAGAAGGCGGUGGGCAGCCCGCUGUCAGCCCCCAACUCCAGCCUGCUCCCGGGGUUCCUUCGCAGACACUCAGCCAGCAACUUGCAGGCUCUGGCUAACAACAACAACUUGUCCCCCAAGUUCUGCAACAACAACCUCAAGGAAUCGGUGGUGAACAGCACUGCUCUGCUGAAUAAAGAGAACAAGUUCCGGGAUCGCUCGUUCAGCGAGAAUGGGGAGCGCAGCCAGCACCUCCUGCAUCUCCAGCAGCAGCAACAGCAGCAGAAAUCCGGAGCUCAGAUCAACUCCACCCGUUACAAGACCGAGCUCUGCCGGCCUUUCGAGGAGAGUGGCACCUGCAAGUAUGGUGAGAAGUGUCAGUUUGCUCAUGGCUUCCAUGAGCUGCGCAGCCUGACCCGGCACCCCAAGUACAAGACCGAGCUGUGCCGUACCUUCCACACCAUUGGCUUCUGCCCCUACGGUCCUCGCUGCCACUUCAUCCACAACGCUGAGGAGAGGAGGCAGGCGCCUGGAGGAGGAGGCUCCCCUACAGACUGCUUCAAUGGCCAGCGCCCCAAACUGCACCACAGUCUCAGCUUCUCUGGCUUCCCCAACCACAGCCUGGACUCCCCUCUUCUGGAGAGCCCAACCUCACGCACACCUCCUCCACAGUCCUCUAACUCCCUGUACUGCGAGGAGAAUGUCUCCUGUGCCAACAAUGCCUUCACCUUCUCUGGCCAGGAACUCGGCCUGAUCACCCCCCUGGCAAUCCAGACCCACAACCUGUCCAGCUACAACCCUGCAGCCUACUGCCGCCAGCAGCAGCCAGCUUCUUCCAACACACCCCCACCGAGCCUUAACUUCCAGCCCCUGCGACGCCUCUCUGAAUCCCCAGUGUUUGAUGCUCCACCAAGUCCACCCGACUCCCUCUCUGACCGAGAGAGCUAUCUGAGUGGCUCCCUGAGCUCUGGCAGCCUGAGCGGAUCGGAUUCCCCUACCCUGGACUCUAACAGGCGCCUGCCCAUUUUCAGCAGGCUGUCCAUCUCUGAUGACUGAGCCAUCACCCCCCUUUUAUUUUUUCCUCUAGGGGGCAGUCAGGACUGGGGAGGCAAGUUGCUGCCCGGGCUGGUAUGAUUUUUUUUGUUUUUUAUAAUAAAUGAUCUGGGCUUCAUGGCCACCUGUCCGAGAACAGAGGGCAGUGCUAUAAAGCCCACAGCUGCUGCAGAACCUCUCUUCUUUUUUUUUUUUUUUUUUCUAAGGACAAGCACUGCAGCCUCUUUGUGGUCACGCUGUUGGUUGUAAGGCUCCUCUUCGAAAGUCAAGACAGUCAAAGCUCUGCAUGCUGAGGUUAUGUUGCAGCUGAGGUCUUUGGGUUCCACAAGCUGUCCUGGUGAUUGGACUAGAGGGUUCUUUUUUGUUGCCCACCCUGCCUUUAAGUACAGUGGAAGCAUCAGGGUCCAGUUUUUACCCCCCCUUUCUGUCACAA